GACAGUAGGUGACUCACGCGAGCGCCUGAUCGCUCUCGUUCUUAUUAUUACGCUGAGUUUCAGAAAGUCUGUGUCAUUGCAUACGGGUUUGUUAACUUACUGUGAUUGAGGAGGAGCUGUUAGAGCAAUGUUCUCUUCGAUGAGGUCAGUGUCACCCGCAAAAGGAUCGUACUCGUCGUGAAAGCUUCCUUCAUCUUCCACACAAUUACCGUGCUUCCGAUGUCUGUAUUCAAACUCGUCUUUGCCGUAAUCUGCCAUCUUAGUGAAUGGUGAAUCCUAUAACAUACUCGAGCGUUGAUUCCGAGUGGAACACCACUCCCACAUUAUUCAAUUCUCGUUGGUUCAAGCUUAUGAUCAGCGUUCCUGUAACUACCCUUCCUUUGCAGCCGCUUAUUUUUAUUUAUUUAUUUUUUUUACCCACGGACGACGACACCGUAAAAUACCGUCCCACGCGAGACGACAGAUAUGGCGGCGCACAUCGGAGUUGGCAUGCGGACAUCGCGCAUCAGUUUACUUGCUAGCUUAUCGUCAUUCAAAAGUGUGCCUCGUCUGCAGCAAGUUGACAAUUUACGGUGUCCUCUAAAGUAUCAGUUGAGUGCUUGUGUUCGUUCUGUUUACACACGAUCUUCAGCAGUUGGACUGUGUAUAGCAUCGUGUAGGACAGCGUGCCGGCAAAACGUCAGGUCGUACUCUUCGUGUUUGUUAUCGCAAAGGUCAAGGCAAGAUGUAAGGAUAACGUAUGUAACCUCAGCGAGUGUUUUGAGGCACAUCAGGUCCUACUGUGACCAAAAACCGGACGAUUUGCCCGUCAAUGGUGAAGCAAAUAGUGAAGCAAAAACCGGUGUGAUCCCGGUGCAAGGUGCCGUGGCCCCCGUCACUGUCCCAGACCACUGGCCACAACUACCAGUGAUAGCGAUCAGUCGGAAUCCUGUCUUCCCAAGGUUUAUAAAAAUGAUUGAGAUAUCGAAUCCACCUCUCAUGGAUCUCUUGAGAAGAAAAGUGCGUUUAAAUCAACCCUAUGCAGCUGUAUUCCUGAAAAAAGAGGAUAGCAACGAAAAGGAAGUGGUGGACAAACUGGAGGACAUCUACAGUAUUGGCACUUUUGUGCAAAUUCACGAACUGCAAGACAUGGGAGAGCGGCUUCGGAUGAUAGUCAUGGCUCACCGCAGGGUGCGGAUACUACGGCAGUUAUUUGACAUUACAGAGGAAGAGCAAAGACGAUCAAACCGACGCCGAAACCGUCGUCCAAAUGGCCUAAAUUCAAGUUCCACGCAGAAUGUCCAAGAGGAGAUUAUUCCCAGUGGCCCCGUAUUGAUGGUCCAAGUGGAGAAUGUGCAGCACGAGAAGUUUGUCAUCAAUGAGGAAAUGAAGGCUGUGACCCAAGAAAUAGUGAAGACAAUUCGAGACAUUAUAGCAUUGAACCCUCUGUAUCGCGAAUCCAUUCAGCAGAUGAUCCAAGCUGGUCAGAGAGUGGUUGACAACCCUGUCUACCUCUCUGAUUUAGGUGCCGCUUUAACUGGGGCAGAGUCGCACGAAUUACAGCAAAUCCUGGAAGAAACCAAUAUUUCCAAGCGUCUAUUUCUGGCUCUUGCAUUGUUAAAAAAAGAAUACGAACUGAGCAAGUUGCAGCAGAAGAUUGGAAAAGAGGUGGAGGAAAAAGUAAAGACUCAACACCGUCGCUACAUGCUUCAGGAGCAACUGAAAGCCAUCAAGAAAGAACUGGGGCUCGAGAAAGAAGACAAAGAUGCCAUUGAGGAGAAAUUCAGGGCCAGGCUCAAGGACCUGGUGGUUCCAGAGCAGGUGAUGGAAGUGAUAGAGGAAGAACUCAAUAAGUUAUCCUUUCUCGAUAACCAUUCUUCUGAAUUCAGCGUGACACGGAACUACUUGGAUUGGCUGACGAGUCUGCCUUGGGGUAAAAGCAGUGAGGAAAACUUAGAUCUGAAGAGGGCACGUGAGGUUUUAGAAGAAGAUCAUUAUGGCAUGGAGGAUGUGAAAAAGCGUAUACUGGAAUUUAUAGCAGUGAGUCACCUGAAAGGAAGCACACAAGGGAAGAUGCUGUGCUUCUAUGGCCCUCCGGGUGUGGGCAAGACUAGCAUAGCCAGAUCUAUUGCUCGAGCCCUCAACAGGCAGUACUUCCGCUUCAGUGUUGGUGGCAUGAUGGAUGUUGCAGAGAUCAAAGGACACAGGCGUACUUACGUUGGAGCAAUGCCAGGGAAACUGAUCCAGUGCCUCAAGAAAACUAAGACAGAGAAUCCAUUAGUGCUGAUUGAUGAAGUGGAUAAAAUCGGCCGUGGAUACCAGGGUGAUCCCUCAUCCGCCUUGCUUGAGGUGCUGGAUCCGGAACAAAAUGCAAAUUUCUUGGAUCAUUAUCUGGACGUCAACGUUGACCUAUCUAAGGUGCUAUUUAUUUGCACGGCCAAUGUCACGGACACCAUUCCGGAGCCACUGAAAGAUCGCAUGGAAAUGAUCGAAGUGUCUGGCUAUGUCGCCGAGGAAAAAGUUGCAAUUGCUGAGCGUUAUUUGCUUCCACAAGCAAGAACCGCAUCAGGAGUAAAAGAGGAUCAGUUGGUGCUGAAACCGGAGAGUCUUCAACAGCUGAUAAAAUACUACUGUCGUGAAAGUGGAGUACGAAACCUUCAAAAGCACAUUGAGAAGAUUGUGAGAAAAUGUGCCUACAAAAUAGUGAACAAAGAAACGGAGCACGUUGAGGUUUCUCCAGAGAACCUGAAUGACUUUGUUGGCAAGCCAUUGUUCACCCACGACCGCCUUUAUGAUGUCACUCCACCUGGCAUAGUCAUGGGACUUGCCUGGACAGCCAUGGGUGGUUCCACAUUGUACAUUGAGACUGCCGUGUGUCGGCCACUUGAGUCUGACAAAAAGGAUGGAUCGCUCCAGCUGACGGGUCACUUGGGAGAUGUCAUGAAGGAAAGUGCCAACAUCGCCUAUUCAGUGGCCAAAAGUUUCCUACUUGCAAAGGACCCAAAGAAUGAAUUCCUUCAAAAGGCCCAUAUACAUCUUCAUGUUCCUGAGGGAGCCGUGCCUAAGGAUGGUCCAAGUGCCGGAAUCACGAUGGUCACUGCACUAUUGUCACUGGCAAUGGGAAAAUGUGUUCCUUCCGGUGUUGCGAUGACGGGAGAAGUUUCCCUCACAGGAAAGGUUCUCCCUGUUGGUGGCAUCAAAGAGAAGACCAUAGCUGCCAAGCGAGUGGGCAUCGCGUGCAUUGUGGUUCCUGAAGAAAACAAGAAGGACUUUGCAGACCUCCCCAGCUACAUCACGGAAGGUCUCCAAGUACAUUUUGUCAGCCAAUAUAGCCAAGUCUACGAUGUGGUCUUCAAGGAUUCCUAGUAGGAGAGCCCUUUUAAAAAGUUACUCACACUGGUAAUAUUAGACGCGUAACUUGCAGAAAAAUAAAGCGCUUAUUUGUUGCAACA